AUGUCGUCGUCGUCGUCGUCGUUCGUACUACCAUCUCUUUCAGACAGCGACGGAGGAGCAGAGAAAGAAGACUAUGACAGGGACAGAGGGACAAACCAUAAAGGUCAGGAGGACGAAGAUUUUGCGAUGCCUGUUGUGUCCUUUAUGUGGGCAGACCAUAAUCUGCAAGAUUUGAGGGAUAAAAUUUUCCCUCAUGAGGAAGAAAAUGCUGAGGCACCUGAAAGUGUGCCUGUGCCUUCCUUUCCAUUGCCAUCCAAUUCCAAGAAGAAGGAGAGGGUUCUUCCUUCAUUAAGCACCAGUCCAACUAAGCUAUCAAGCCAUUCUUGUAUAGUCGAAAGAAGGGCGAAAACCGCAGCAAAAAAAUUUUUGGAUGAACAAGAAUCUGCUCUUGCUGCCUUUGAGUUGCAGAAAAGAUCAGCCGCUAAGAAACAUGGAAGACUGGAUGGGAUAGAAAUUUUGGAAGGCUCUCCUAAAAAUUUAUCAAGAACAAAAUCUGUAGCAAGGAAAAAACCCAUUCCAAAAGAAUACAUUCCCUCUACUAGUCAACCUCAGCCUCAAAAAGUAGCAGGAGAUAACAAGACAGAACGGGAGCACUGUCAGCCCGAAACUGAAAAUGUGACAACUGAAAUUGAGAACCAGAAGACUUCCUUAGAACCAGAUUUGAACCAGCAAAAAGUGCCCAAUGAAAAUUCUGAGAAAAAUGCUGCUACAUGGAAAGGAAAAGCUCCUAUGUGGGAGCCCUUGAACUACCUGAUGGAAGCUGCAGAAAAUGCGAAGUCUACGGAGUCCAACAAUAUGCAAGCAAAUAUUAAUGUUGCAGUGCCUGUUGAACCUUGCAACAAUAAUUCCAAUCCUACCAAAAUUAUGGCAGCUAGUGAUCAAAAUGAGGCAACUCUGGUUCUACCAGAUCCCAUCAAGGCUAAGGGGUUGAGGAUCAAACAACAAAGAAGGGUCAAAUUUGCUCAGGACUUAAAUAUUCCUGCAGAACCUGUAUUUGCUGUUUCAAGCAUCCAAAGCAACGAAAGAAUCACUCCAAUAUGGUUCUCGUUAGUUGCUUCUGAAGAGAAGGAUGUGCGUGCACGCUUGCCACAGAUACCUUCCUGCUACCUGAGGGUCAAGGAUGUCAAUUUACCUGUUUCAUUCAUCAAGAAGUACAUUGUGAAGAAGCUUGGCCUUGCAAGCGAAGAUGAGGUGGAAAUCUCAUUAAGAGGGAAGCCAUUGUUACCUUCACUGCAGCUGAAGCACGUAGCAGAGAUGUGGUUAGAGACAGUGCCUAAAUCUGAGAAGAUUCAUUCCUUUGUUGGGGACUCGGCAAAGGAGUUUGUGAUGGUUCUUUCGUACGGUCGAAAGGUCUAA